UGCCAAUUUCGCUUUGCUUUUGCUCGUUCUCUUCGCUGUAUUGGAAUUCAUGUUGGGUUAUCUUUUUGCUAAUAAAUAUGUAAUUAUUAGUUUGUAGUUAAACUUGAUGUGAUUUUAUUAAGUUAUCUUGAAAACAAUACAAGUUAUUUAGUGAUCGGCGAAUAAAUAAAACAUACACCAUGCCACGAAUUAUGAUAAAGGGUGGUGUUUGGCGUAACACCGAGGAUGAAAUCCUCAAAGCGGCGGUGAUGAAAUAUGGGAAAAAUCAAUGGUCUCGUAUUGCGUCGCUGCUGCAUAGAAAGUCUGCAAAACAAUGCAAGGCGCGUUGGUACGAGUGGCUCGACCCGAGCAUCAAGAAGACCGAAUGGUCUCGGGAAGAGGACGAGAAGCUGUUGCACCUGGCCAAGUUGAUGCCCACUCAAUGGCGCACUAUCGCUCCCAUUAUUGGGCGGACUGCCGCGCAAUGCUUGGAAAGAUACGAAUACUUGCUAGAUCAAGCCCAAAAGAAGGAGGAGGGGGAGGAUAUGGGUGAUGACCCUCGCAAGCUGAAGCCUGGUGAGAUUGACCCCAAUCCGGAGACCAAACCUGCCAGGCCUGACCCCAAGGAUAUGGAUGAAGAUGAACUGGAGAUGCUGUCAGAAGCGCGUGCUCGUCUAGCCAACACACAGGGUAAGAAGGCCAAGAGGAAGGCGCGAGAAAAGCAACUGGAAGAGGCGAGACGGCUUGCUGCCUUGCAGAAGCGAAGGGAAUUGAGUGCUGCCGGCAUUGCUGUGCCAAUCAGGCGUAAGAAGAAGCGUGGAGUAGAUUAUAACUCGGAAAUACCAUUUGAAAAGAAACCGGCUUCUGGUUUCUAUGACACAUCCACUGAAGUGGUAGAUCCUAUGGCGCCUGAUUUCUCGAGGCUCAGGCAACAACAUCUUGAUGGGGAGCUGCAUUCAGAGAAGGAAGAGAGAGACAGACGUAAGGAUAAGCAAAAGUUGAAGCAACGCAAGGAGAAUGACGUACCCCAAGCCAUGCUGCAAGGCGAUCAGCCCGCACGUAAGCGCAGUAAACUGGUGCUACCUGAACCGCAAGUUACUGACCAGGAGCUCCAACAAGUGGUGAAGUUGGGUCGCGCGUCGGAGGCGGCGCGGGAGAGUGCGGGCGGCGCGGGCGCGGCCACGGACGGGCUGCUGGCCGAGUACGCCAUCACGCCCGCCACGCCCGCCGCGCUGCGGACGCCGCUGCAGCAUCAGGACAGAAUCCUGAUGGAAGCCCAAAACGUGAUGGCUCUAACACACGUGGACACGCCCCUCAAAGGAGGUCUGAACACGCCGCUGCAUCAGACAGACUUCUCCGGUGCUCUACCACAGUCACAAGCCGUCGCUACACCGAAUACUGUACUCAUCACACCAUUCCGGUCAUCCCGCAGUGAAGUGUCAACUCCGGGUAGUUUCAACACGCCCAGUCAAGCCGCAGCACAACCGGGACUAACUACUCCAGGACUUCGUGACAAAUUAAGUAUCAAUCCAGAAGAUAGACUGAGCACUGGUGACACACCUCAAGUUGCUAAUCAGUUGCAAAAGCAGCAAAAAGCGUCCGUCCGUAGUGCUCUAUCCUCGCUACCUACUCCGCGCAACGACUAUGAGAUCGUGGUGCCCGACCAGGACGACGAGCCCUUGGAGAGCUCCAGCUCCGACAUGCAGGUGGAGGACCAGGCUGAUGCAGACGCCAGGCUGCAGCAGGAACAGGAGGAAAUACGGUUGGCGGCGCUGAAGCUGCGGUCGCAGGCGAUCCAGCGCGGCGCGGUGCGGCCGGGCGAGGUGAACGGCAGCGUGGUGCGCGGGCCGGCGGGGCAGGCGGGGCAGGCCGGCCAGGGCGGGGCGCUCUCCGCGCUGCAGCAGGCUGAGGAGCUGCUGAAACACGAGAUGCUCACCAUGCUGCACUACGACGCCCUGCGGGACCCGCCGCCUGGAAUUGACAAAAAACGAGCAGUGCAGUUACAAGCCUCGCACUUGGCCUACUUAGAACAGAAUCCGUACGAGGAAUUCUCUGCUGAAGAAUUGGAAGCUGCUAAGGCUGAGAUGAAGAAGGAGAUGGAAGUCGUGAAGGCGGGCAUGGGUCACGGAGAACUCAGCAUGGACGCCUACACUCAAGUCUGGGAAGAGUGUCUUGCGCAAGUUCUCUUCUUGCCUGGUCAAAACAGAUACACUCGUGCCAAUUUAGCUAGUAAAAAGGACAGAUUGGAAUCUGCUGAGAAGCGGUUGGAACAAAACAGGAGUCACAUGGCUAAGGAAGCCAAGAAAUGCUCCAAAAUGGAGAAGAAACUAAGAGUAUUGACAGGUGGAUACCAGAGCAGGGCAGCAUCCCUCAUCAAGCAGUUCCAAGAGUUACAAGACCAGAUAGAACAAGCCAACCUGGAACUAUCCACAUUCAAGUUCCUUGCUGAACAAGAAAAAGCAGCCAUUCCACGUAGAAUAGAGUCACUAACGGAAGACGUGAACCGUCAAACGGACAGAGAAAAACAACUGCAGAAAAGAUAUUCGGAACUUCAAACAGAGUUAGAGGAUCUUCACAAAGGAAGGCAGCCGAAGGAAGUGGAGUCUAAAGCUUCGGACGAGUAGAAUAUAAACAAUUAUAUUAUUGUAUGACAAGAAGAGAUGAUUACGAUGUUUUAUAUAUUAGAUGUUCGAUCUUGCUGAUGGAGCUUGCAUUUGUUUGAUUUAUACUGGAAGAAAUUAACAAAAUACUAAGGAGUUGUUUAAGGAGACGCGCCACAACGGGUAUCUGUCGUACAUUGCCCAUAAUUGUUUUUGCGCGAGCGAUGACACGGCCCACUGCGUCAGUAUACGACGUAAGCACUGCGGCAUGUCUCCGUAAAUGGAACCUUAUGCAAGGUUAUUCGACUAUACUUUAAACCAAGAUCUUAGUAAAAUGUUUGUAAACAGACUAUUAGGGUUGGCGCUCACUGCUGGCAUGGUAUGGUAGACGAAGCACACCGCACCGUAGCAUACUGCGGUAUCCGCGUAAUAAAGUUACAUGAACUCUAAACACAUUGAAAUAAAAUUCAAAAUAACUUGAUUAGUAAUAGAAUGCUUUGCCAUGCCAUGCCAUACCUUACCAGCAGUGAGUGCCCAUAUCAAAAGGAUAGAAGCACAGAGUAGUGCUGUUUGAUGAGAUCAGAUAUUGUAUUCUUACCUUUGUGGUUUGUUCACAAACAUUUUAAACCAAUCUUGGCUUAAAUAUAGCAGCUAUUUUUUUCAAUGAUGUAUUUAUGGUUAAAGUUCUGUAAACGCUAGUAUUUCUUUGGUAAAGCAAACUCACUCGAAUUGAACUUCUAUAUAUUGUUUAUUUCCUAAGUAAUAGACUGACGAAAAUCGGAAAUAAAACGUAAUUGAUAAGAGCAAUACAA